ACUUACCCUGCUUUACAGGUGCAAUGUGUCACCAAUUAGUAUAAUGCCUUAAAUUUGAGAGCAGGAAGGAGGCUCUGGGCUACCCUAAUUGCAAGCUUUAAAGAUGGAGAAGCUCUUGAAAGAGCUUGGUUCAGCUUCCAAGUUCUUGAAUGAUUUUAAGGAUAUGUAUGUAUAUGAGAAUCGUCUAAAAACCUUCACAAACUGGCCCUUUGUAGAGAACUGCAAGUGCACUCCAGAGAAUAUGGCAAAGGCGGGUUUUGUCCACUGUCCAAGUGCAGAUGAACCUGAUGUGGCAAAAUGUUUCUUUUGCUUGAUAGAACUGGAGGGCUGGGAACCAAAUGAUGACCCAUGGGAGGAACACACUAAACGUAGCAGCUGUGGCUUUUUAUCCCUUACAAAGCCCUUUGAUGACCUGACAGUGGAGGAGUACUGCAUGCUGGAGAAGACAAGAGUGAGAACCUUCCUUUGCAAAACUGGCAGAAGCAUCAUAAACUCUUUUGAAGAAGAAGUCGCUGCAACUAGGCAGCGUCUUGUGGAUAACUUUGUCUCCAAGCAUCAGUAUACACCACCACCACCACCAGUGCCUCUCCAUGCUGGUCCAUCUGCCCAACAUUCUGAAAGCUCAUCCUGCCAGUCAAAAAAAGAAUCCAUGAGAAGUAAAGUGUAAAGUCUGACUCUGAAAGUUUCUCUUCUUGAUAUGGUACAAAUAUGUGUAUUUUUAUCUGACUACUAAUAUACACCUAAACGGUUGUGUGAGGAAUUGUAGAGAAUUCCCUUAUGAGCCUCUCUGGAACAGAGAUCAUAA